AUGUGUACACAAAUAGCAUGUGCUUCGAUCGUUGUUCUUGAUCUUCUACAAAAUGACAAUGGUUGUUUAUAUGAAGAUUAUAAAAUCGUCCAUCUUCAAAUUCCAUAUAUCCCUGGUUUCCUUGCUUUCAGAGAGGCUCCAGUUCUACUGGAAUUGUUGGAGAAAAUGAAACGCCAAUGUAGUCCUUUCUACCCACAGUGUUUGAUGGUUGAUGGCAAUGGAUUACUUCAUCCCCGAGCAAUGUUAAGGGAAUUACUAAGCCUAGAUAAAGUGCAUUUUGUAGGUUCUGGAUUAGCUUGUCAUCUUGGUGUUACUGCCGAUAUCCCUACUAUUGGGAUAGGAAAAAAUCUGCAUCACGUGGAUGGUCUUUCAAAAUCUGAAGUUAGAAAAUUUCUAGAAGCAGAAGAAAACAGUUCUAAAGAUCUAAUUACGUUAACUGGGUAUUCUGGUCGCAUAUGGGGAGCAGCAUUGCGAUCAACUAAUGAUUCGUUGAAACCCAUAUAUGUAUCAAUUGGCCACCGGAUAUCACUUGACAGUGCAAUUAAGCUUGUUAGGCUCACCUGCAAGUAUCGUGUUCCAGAACCUGUCCGGCAGGCAGAUAUGCGGUCGAGAAAUUUCCUACAGAAAAAUCAAGGACUUGUGUAG